AUGUUCUCCUUCGCCCAAAAGUCACUCUGGCAGUUGCCGCCCAACUCGGGGCCGCCAAUUCCUCAACAGGAACUUGUUGACGAAGAAGUUUGCCCUAACUACAAUUCGGCGGCUUUCUACCCAGCAAAGCCGGGGGAAGUACUCGCUAAGAAGUUUCAACUGCUUGUCAAAAUCGGAUGGGGUUCACAAUCAACCGUGUGGCUCGCCAGAGACAUUUCCAGACUCAAAUGUCAAUCUGAAAAUACAGUGGCCCUGAAAAUAAUUAACAGUAGCAACGCUGACGAUGCUCGUCAUGAGAAGGCGAUUGAAACCCAUAUUACCCAGCAACAUCCAGGGCAUCGUGGCUGCGUAAUUCUACGGACAUGCCUGGAUGACUUCGAAGUGACUGGUCCGGAAGGAACGCACGUGUGUCUUGUGUACGAGCCGAUGAGAGAGCCUCUCUGGAUUUUACAAAGGCGUUUCGUUGACUGCAAGAUUCCUUUGCCCAUUGCGAAGGCCUAUAUCUAUUUCCUCCUUGUUGGUCUUGAUUAUCUUCACUCGGAAUGCAAAGUCGUCCACACAGAUUUAAAGCUGGGGAAUAUCCUCAUGAGCUUUGAAAAUGAACACAUUCUCACCGACUUCAUUAAGCGACCACAACCAAUGCAAUUCAAGGUUGAUAACGAGAGUGGCCGGACUGUCUACCGCUGCCAUAAUGACUUCGGUGCUCUUGACGGGAGAGAAAUCAAGAAUAUGGUUCCCAAAAUAGCCGAUUUCGGGCUCGCAACAAGAUUGGACAGGCCAUCUACCCGGUUUGGAAUGGUAGCAGAGCAACUGGGCAUUUAUCCUAUCCAACCGGACUAUUACCGUGCUCCGGAGGUAAUCCUUGGCUGCGGUUGGGAUUUCAAGGCAGAUAUUUGGAACUUUGGUGUGCUGUUGUGGAAUAUCCUUGGGAACCAGGAAUUGUUCCAGCAGGUACACAAUACAAACGGCCAAUACGACGCAAAGUCACACCUCGCGGAAAUGAUCGCCUUACUCGGCCCUCCCCCCGGAGUAUUACUCGCGAAAUCAAAGACCAUGUCAGAGCACAACUGGCCACAGCCUGUCAUGAACGACACUGGAGCACUCUGCAAUAAUGCUCAAGAAUUCUUUGGUGGCCCCUUCUUUAGCGCAGAAAAUAAAUUCCGCUAUAAUGAAUUGAUCCCGUCCAGACGUUUAAAGGAUACAACCCCGUUCCUCGAAGAAAAUGAUCGGGAGGCAUUUCUAUCUUUUGUUCGAGAUAUGCUCACCUGGCUUCCGGAGAAGAGGAAAACAGCUCGCGAACUGAUGAAUCAUCCGUUUCUCAAACUUGGUGGGUGA